GCCGUGAAGUGCCGGCUGGGGGAGCCCGGGAGCCAAUCGCCCCGGAGGAAAGCGUGUCGCUUCUGCUCGGGCGACGGAGGCACGCCCCAGCCAGCGGUCGGGGCCAGAGUCCGGGGAGCCUAGUGCUAAGUCCCAGGGCGAAAGAGGCUCCGGGGCGCGCGCCGCCGGUGUUGCGCGCUCGAGGCGCCCUGGCCGGGGGGAUGCCCCUGUGCGGGCUCGGCGACUAGCCCGACCGCUUGGUGCAUGGCCCAGCUAUGGAGGUGGUGGACGAGACCGAGGCUCUGCAGCGCUUCUUCGAAGGUCAUGAUAUUAAUGGAGCUCUUGAAGCAUCAAACAUUGACACCAGCAUCUUGGAAGAAUACAUCGGUAAAGAGGACUCACAAGAUAUUUCUGAUUUAGAUUCCAUCUCUGAAAUUCCAGCCUCAGCCGGUUAUCCUCAUACUCAGCCUGCCACUGUCAAUGCAUCUGUCUCCAGUAUUGGUCAUGUAAUUACUUCUGUACCCAGUGGCAACUUCCAUCAUGGUCCCCCAAGCACCCAAGUCCCAGUCCGUCAUGGUCUCCAUCCUGGCCCUUCAAGCAGUCAAGUUCCAAUACGGCACGGUCCCCCCUUGCCAAAUCCAUGUGGGUCCAGUUACAGUGCUCAUCUCAACUGCAAUAACAACAAUGGCAUGGUAGUACCCAAAGGGUUUCUCAGUGGCCACUGUCUGUCUAACAUUCCCCCUCCAAUCAAAUCAGAAGCCUCCUACACAUCUGGCACUUUACCCGACUCUCCCCCAGACUCCGGAUCCGAAGCUUACUCCCCUCAGCAGGUGAAUGAUCCUCACCUUCUUCGAACUAUGACUCCUGAGAAUAUGUGUCAAGUUACUCCCCCUUCACGGUUAGAGCAUCCCCCACCCCCUCCGCCUCCUCCACCCCCACCCCACCUUCAGGGACUGCCACCACCUCCUCAUCCACACCAGCAGCACAGCCAUCACUAUCCCAGCAUGCAACGGGACAUGUACUCGAAGGCUGAGCCUCUGAUGCCACAAUUCACUAUAGGACAAGGCAUGUCACCUGGUGACCUCCAUCAUGCUCAGCAGUCGCAGAUGCUUCAUCAGCUACUUCAACAACAUGGAGCAGAACUUCCAGUGCACCCCGCCAAGAAGAGAAAACACUCGGAAUCACCAUCAAACACUCUCAAUGCCCAGAUGUUCAAUGGAAUGAUAAAACAGGAACCAGGCACAGGGUCUGUGCCCCUUAACCCUGACAGAGUUCAGACACCUCCCUGGCAUCAGCAGGGGGCACUCUCCCCAGGACUGAUUCAGGAUAAUGACAGCUUGAACAGCUCUUCCUAUUUGGAUCCCAACUACCAAUCUAUAAAAUGGCAGCCACAUCAGCAGAACAAGUGGUCCACUCUGUAUGAUGCCAACUAUAAAGAGCUACCUAUGCCCACAUACCGAGUGGAUGCAGAUAAAGGCUUCAAUUUCUCUGUGGGAGACGAUGCUUUCGUGUGCCAGAAAAAAAACCACUUCCAAGUCACCGUGUACAUUGGUAUGAUUGGAGACCCCAAAUAUGUCAAGACUCCUGAGGGUCUGAAGCCACUUGAAUGCUUCUAUCUGAAACUGCAUGGGGUGAAGUUGGAAGCAUUAAAUCAAUCAAUCAACAUAGAACAGUCACAGUCAGAUCGCAGCAAAAGACCUUUUAAUCCUGUCAUGGUCAAUUUGCCUCCAGAGCAAGUCACAAAGGUCACAGUGGGGCGGCUGCACUUCAGUGAGACCACGGCCAAUAACAUGAGGAAGAAGGGGAAGCCUAAUCCUGAUCAAAGAUACUUCAUGUUGGUUGUGGCUUUGCAAGCUCACUCUCAGAACCAAAACUACACUCUGGCUGCUCAUAUCUCAGAGCGCAUCAUUGUUAGACAAAGGGCCGGUUCGGGGGUAAAACACAAACAGAGGGCAGACGGGGACCCCGGAGUCUGCAGACAAGCUUCUAAUCCAGGUCAAUUUGAGAGUGACAGUGAUGUACUUUGGCAACGCUCUCAGCUACCUGACACUGUCUUUCACCAUGGCCGAGUUGGCAUCAACACAGACCGACCUGAUGAAGCCUUGGUUGUCCAUGGCAAUGUAAAAGUUAUGGGUUCCCUUAUGCAUCCGUCAGACAUCCGAGUAAAAGAUGAUAUCCAAGAGGUAGACACCACAGAACAACUGAAGAGAAUCUCCCGUAUGCGGCUGGUGCACUAUAAUUACAAGCCAGAGUUUGCUGCCACUGCUGGCUUGGAGAAUACAACUGAGACAGGUGUUAUUGCUCAAGAGGUGAAGGAAAUUCUUCCAGAAGCAGUAAAAGAUUCUGGGGAAAUAGUCUUUACCAGUGGGAAAAGUAUUGAGAAUUUCCUUGUGGUAAAUAAGGAGCGGAUUUUCAUGGAAAAUGUUGGGGCUGUGAAGGAGCUCUGCAAACUGACUGACAACCUGGAAAACCGGAUCGAUGAACUAGAGAGGUGGAGUCAUAAACUGGCCAAGCUCAAAAGGUUGGACAGCAUGAAGUCAACUGGUAGCUCUGGAGCAUUCAGCCAAGCUGGGAGUCAGUUCAGCCGUGCAGAAAGCAUGCCGCAUAAAAAGAGGCCCCCAAAAGUGGCAGGCAAGGCUCCCACACAAGGUGUCAAAGACCAAGCUUGCAUCAGCCAACGUUUUCUGCAAGGUACCAUUAUUGCUUUGGUGAUCAUCAUGGCAUUCAGUGUGGUGUCCAUGUCUACACUCUAUGUGCUAAGCUACCGCAGUGAGGAAGACCUUGUGGAUAUUGAAGGGUCCAAUCAGAACAUAGAUAAAAAUAAGGUGACAUUUUCCACUACUGCAUCAUCAAAUACCCCCAACAAUGCUUCCCCUUCAGAGAAUGCCACAACCCAUGUACCUGACUUGUCCCCUGCCUUGCCUGCCUAUAACAUAGUAGUCUGUUUCAACCCACCUUGUUUUUCUACCUGUUGUUCUUCUGUUCUCAACAACAUAUCUACCCCUGGACCUUCUGGGACCACUACAGUUGCCACCAACCGGAUAGACCAAAGCUUCUUGUCACUCCUACCAGUGACAAACAUCAAAGCCAAAUCGAGGGGGAUCACCGGCAAGACAGCUUCCCACACAAAAUGGCCAAAGACUGCUGACCGAUCACGGGGCUUUGGGGGUCCCAAUGCCAGUCCCUCUUCCCUCUUCACCAAUAUCCAGGGCAAGUCCAAAUAUGUUGCCAACCUUCCCCUCACAUACAACAGCUUUCCUUCCGAUCGGACAUCACGGCAGCGACGGAGCAUCAGCCAACCAAAUGCUAAAGAGCUUGGCAUCGCAAGAACCAAGCAUAAUGAAACAGCUCCUGUGCUCCAGUCUGUGUCACUAUUGGAGGCAAAUGUGGUCAUCUUACCCCAGGCCUGUGCUACAGGGGACGACUGCAGGACUGGAAAUAUCACUUAUCGCAUUCCCAUCAGCAAAUUUACAUCAGUGAACACAAAUCUUACUUUGGAAAUGAAUGCUUCCUCAGCUGUAUCUGGCUAUCUUUGUAAUCUCACAUCCAACAGUCCUUGUCUGCAGACUGAAAAUGACCUAGACAGCUUGUCUAAUGCAACAUAUAUUCAGGGAACAACAUACCGCUGGCCUGUGGUCAUGAUGCCAUUCCAGGAAUUUACUUACCAUUUCCGAUUAGCUAGGCCUGGCCAAGCUAACUGCAGUACCCCUGUGGAGCAGAUGGGCUCUCUCUUUAAUGACUACUAUUUCCAGUUUUAUUGGCUCUGUGAAUGAGUCUCGGGAACACCUGCACACUUUUGAUAGAAGCAGAAAAACGAUGGGCUCCAAGACUCACUUGACUGAAUACUCUCUUCAAAGAACACUACGCCCUGACUAGUUGCUUCUAAUCAAUAAUCCCUUCCUUUGGGUCCGAGUUACUUUGGUUUCCUUCCUAGCAGAUGGAUGUUAAUCUUAGAAUGUCAUACUUUGGGAAGGAAUAGUGCCACAAGCAAAACAAGGAAAUACAGAGGCAUUUUGUUUUCUUGAUUUGCUGUAGGAUGCUAGAAUUCCUCUGGCCUCUCUGAGUACACUGGAUUUUAUAAUUGUAGGCUUGACCAUGCUUGUGUUCAGUCUAUUUGGACAUCUCAGAACUGAAAGAUAUGGCUUGACUGGAAACAAAUCUUGGUGCCCAGAAAGUCAAUGAAGCAGCUUUUUAAUGCAUAUUUCUUACCAAUGAUGUUAGAAGUCCUAUUCUAAAAUGGAAACACUGGAUCUGUCUGAAAAGGAAUUCUAUCUAGAUGUGUUGCAAGUCGUACACUGGAAUUUUCAACUUUUUAGCUGGCAGUCAGAUGCUUCUCUUUAAAGCUAUGCUUGGCAGAAAUCCUGGUGACACUGGAAUUCAGGGCUGAUAGUUGUUUUCAAUAGCAAUAACCAAUGGAAAAGCUAUGGGGUUUACCUCUCACUUCUUCCUUCUUUUAUCUUACUAUAAAUUUGUUAUUUGGCAGACAACAAACCUCAAGGACCCUGCAAAAGCCACUCUCAGGCAGGUCACAUUUGUACCCAAAGUGCCUUCUUUUCAGGACUGGAUGAAGAUGCUUCUCAAGAAGAUAGCUCUCUUCUUCAAAUAUACUUGAGAAAAUAGCCCCUGGGCUCUACAACUGGACUUCACAAUGCUGGUAUCGAAAAAGCAUUGACUGAAACCUUUUAAAUCCCACUGUCACUGCCAAAAAUACAUUCAUCCCAAAGAGAAUAUGGAAAAACUUAUAAGUAUUAACCCUUGUGCCAGAAACCAGGAAAAGACAGCCACCAGAAGCAACGUGCUAAAAAUAUCUACACUGAUUUUUUUUUUAAUUCCCUAGGGGUCACAGGGAUUCUCUAUGAGGUAACAAACAAAAUACCUUUCUUCAUUCUAGCCUUUGAAUAGUCUUCAUGUUUCAGGUAAUUUACUGUUACAAGAUUUUAAUUUGCUAAACCACUUGUGGUGGGGUUUUCACCAAAAAAAGAAAAGAAGCAGCAGCCAACAUUCAAGUCAAUUAUUGAUAGCCUUGUCUCUCAUAGGAAACCAAAGUGAAAUCCACACUGACUGCCAACCUGAGCCAAGAUUUUGAAUUAGGUGCUGAGAUAAGUCAGAUAUAUAAGCACAAUGUCAAGAUAUCAGCCUUUUGCGCUCAAUUCAAAGACAAAUGAGUUAGGUUGGUUCAGGCACUGGCCAUUUCUUUCUAAAAUAGUUAAAAGUUGAUUUAUGUAGGGGCAACAACAGUUGCAUCUAGAACAAGGAGGUAAUCUGAUGGGGAAAGUAAGAAGCUGCUGGUUCAGCUCUCUCAACCAGAAUGAAAUUACUGUAUAAAGAAUAUAUGAAAAGAAGACUUCCUGCCUCUGACAUAUUCCAGCCAUCCAGCACUACAAGCUUUUAAAUUGGAUUACUGUAGUUAAAAAUGACUAAAGUAGACCUUGGCUAUUGGUAUUUUUUAAGCAUUGGUGUGUUUGCGAAAACAUACAAUAGAGUUGCCUGCAUUCUUUGGUGGAACUGCCACAUUAUUAAUUUAUCUAUUACCAGGUAGGCAUACUUUUUAGGCUAUUACCAGUGAUGCAUAUUUGACACUGCAUUGUAAAUGCUAAAAAUCGCACUUCUCAAGAGAAAAACAAUAGCUAAAAAUAGUUUUAUGAGAACACUUCUAAUAAAUGUAUUAAUAUGUAUGCUAACCUAGCAGUUCGAAAGCAUGCAAAUUUGAAUAAAUAGGUACCAUUUUAGUGGGAAGGUAACAGCAAUCUGUGUCUCUCAGUCAUGCUGGCCCCAUGACCACGGAAAUGCUGGCCCCCUCAGCUACUGUAGGAAACAGAGAUGAGCGCCACCCCCUAGAGUCGGACACAACUGGACAGGAGAAACUUUUACCUUUACCUUUAACCUGUUUUCACAAAAUAAUGUACCGGUCUAAUUGUUCUUCAGGAUGCUUUAAAGCAAGUGGUACUUAUGGAUGCAAUAUAAAAUUAAUUCAUUGUUAAUGAUUGACAUCUUUCUUUGGGACGCUGUAUGUGUUGCGUGACCAAAAAUAGCUCCUAAAGAAAAACAGCAGUUAGGUAUUACUAUUCAUUGGGGGCAGCGAUGAUACACUUGAUGAUAUAGGGAGAAGACAAAAAAGUUUUAGUUAGGUCCACUCAGAGAAAACAGACAUGUAAAGAAUGGCAUGGCUGUCAUUACUAGUACUUGCCACCAGGUGGCAAUGUUGCACAAGAAAGAAUUAAUGAUCAGUUUUUGUAUACAGAUACAGUAAGAGCUCUAAGGAGCAAACAGUCAUGAAGUAGGAAAUCUUUUAAUACAUACAGUAUUUAAUUUGGCACUUAAUUUCAGAUAACUAACAUUAACUCAAACUGGGAUUGUAAUUUAUUGAUGUCAUUACUAUAGGUUUUAAACAUUGAAGAUAAUAUAUAUUUUAGGUAAGGCUCUCUGGCAAAAAAAAAAAAAAGUUUAAACUGUAGUCCUGUACUCAACAUUCACUGAUGAGUAGCAGAAAGAAAUCAAUUAGAGUUCAGCAAACUUCCAUAAGGAUGUACUGCUAAGCACUGCUUAUUGAAUGAUUGCACUGAUUGGCGUUUCAGUGCAGAAUUGAGCUUCAGUUAUUAUGAAGACAGCUGUUGCCUGUACUUCUCUAGGCCAUCCUUGGUAGCAUUAGCUUCUCUCUUCACCCACUGUUCUGUUUUCCUCUUUCCCUCUACAUUCUUUUUUUCUUCUCCUCUUCCUCCUCCUCAGUGCCUUAGUUUGGAUAUAAUUGUAAUAGAACCAAUGUAAAGGAGAAUAGAGGAAAAUAUUGUACAUUUUAACAUGAUUUUGUUUGGAGUCUUUUUCCUCUAAACACACACUAGUGCUCAUAAUAACAAGAAAAUGAUGAACCCAUGGGCCAGAUAAAAUCUUUCUUUUAUGGUUAUUCUUGGGAUGCUGACCAUUUAAUCAUGUAAGCAUUUAUCAGGGACCAGUAUGAGAUGAAACAAAAUGCUUAAAAAACCAUGGAGGGUUUGUUUUUUGGAACUAUUCUUUUUAAUUCAUGAUUUUGUCCAUCCUUAUUCAUUUGCAUUCAGCCAUUGCUAAAAUUUAAUUCUUGUUUAUCAUUGAUGAGUACAAUUGUAGUCAUUUAGACCUGCUUCAAAGCAGAUUUUAUCUUUCUAGAACCAGUCAUGCAAGUAUCCAACACCCUUCCAGCUUCCUAUUAUCUAAGCAAUGAAAUGCAAAUCAAGAUACACAUUUACACCCCCUCACAACCCUGCUUACCACCUGCUAUUGGCCUGUCAUGACCACGCUUCUGAAGGUAAUGUAAGAACUGCUGUCAUUCUAGAGGCUUGCAUCAAUCCUGGCAUUUUUCCAUGUCAGGGUUAAACUCUUCCAGCUUCCCACAUAGUGGGAUCUUCCAAUGUUAUUCCAGCCAAAUGGAAAGAAGUCCUGCAAUGGUGCCCGUUUAGUUAAAGAAGUGCAAGUAGUAACUCAUAGAAAUGGAAGAAUUCCUUGUUCCUUUUGAUUCCAUCUUAGCUCUAGUAUGGCUCUUCUCAGCAGCAAGGUGCCAAAAUACUCUCUUAUUACAAGUAGUAAGAAAUCUUUAAACCCUUAGUUAAGAGCUAUUCAUUUAAAAACAAUCUGAUGAGGACAUUCACAUUUUCCUGACUAUCCCUUUGCCUACUCCUCAGUACUGAUAUAAAUAGCUAACUCACCACUGUUAUCUAUCCUGAUCAAGGUGAGGCAGCAAAGACAAAAUGACAUCAGAAAUAAAAUGACCAAUCACUUUCUUCUCCCAGUCGAUCCAAUGGAAUUGGAGAGAAGGUAUCUGUGUUUAUAUAUAAGUAUGCAUGUAUAUAUGUAUGUGUGUGUAUGCAUACACACAAGCACACAUAUACAUAUAUCAAAUCUUUUUAUUGGCAAAUUCACAUCAAAGUUUUCUCUGGUAUGCAUAAUCUUUUAUAACAAGUAUUGCUCUUUAUAUUACAGGUUUCAUUGUUUUAUAAUGCUGUAACACUGCGUCUAUAAUAUCUCUAUUGUCUCAAAAUGCUUCAAAGUAUCAAGUGUGGGAGAGAAAAUUAGCCAAAAAAUCAUAGCAAAUUAAUAACCAUCAACGUCUCAGUUAUUAGCAUAAUCACAUAAACUGGACCUUUUGACCAUACAAUCUUUACUCAUCUUGUCUCGGAACAUUCCUUCCCAUUUGUGUUACAGACUUCUGAAAAGCAAAAUAGUGAUUAACAACUGUAUCUGUUCCUGUCUAAUAGAGACAGGUUAAGAGAUGGUGCUUCCUGCUUAGAUGGUAGCUCACCUUUCUAAGAGCUAAAAUUCUAACUGUGCCUCUUUAGACAUUUGGAGGAACAGAAAGAAAAAACAAGGGUGGAAAUGGAGCCAGCUUUUAAAGUUUGGCUAUUCUGAAGGUUAGGAAUGAUUUCUCAAAAGGAAAAUCCAUACACUUUUUGUAUUUUUAUUAUUGUUAAAGCUUAAAGCCUGUAUAUAAAUAUUUUAUGCCAUCACUGUGAGCCUUAAGGAAUAUAAAGCACUAAUUGUUUUGUUUAAAAGUUGCUACCACAGCUUUAAUCAUUGUAUAUUGUCCACAAUUUCAAAGUCAUAUACUUAGUGAAUACUAUGUUAAUGUUUUAUUAUUAUUUUAGUUUGGUGGAGAAUAAGUGGUUGCUUUUUCUUCUACCACCUGCUUUUUCAAUUUGUAUUUAUAUUUUGUUCUUGUUUUUGGAGUUCUGGUGGUCAGGAUUCCUCUACUUUUGUUUGCUUAUCUAGAGCCUAAUUCUUAAGAAAUGUACCUGUAUAAAUAAAUACCCAAGUAUACUACUUUGUA